AUGUCUGCCACAAUCAGGGACUUGGAGUCCAGUGACCGAUAUUUAUCACUUUCUCUUCUGGACGUACACAGCAACAUGACCUCGCUUAACAUCACACUUUCCAACCUUAAUCAACAGCAGAAGAUACAUGAAGAGAAACAGAAUAUGACAAUUCAACAUUUAUCACUUUCUCUACUCGAUGUACACAAUAACACAGCAUGGCUUUCAUCAUCUCUUUCCAAUUUGACUGCGCAGCAGAAACAGAUGAAGAGUGUUCAAUCCAAUGUAGCAUUUACAGCUGGAAUCUUAGGAGAGACAAACGGGCAACAUACAUAUAGAGGCACUGUUAAAUUCCCAACAGUCAUAUACCAGGUAGGAGGAGGACAUAACCCCAAAACAGGAGUGUUUACUGCCCCAAAGACUGGACUCUACCUCAUAUUCUGUAUUAAUGUGGCAUAUUAUGAUGAAUCCUUCUGGACAAAAAUAAUGAUUGAUGGUUCGGUUAAGGCAGGAGUCGUGGCUUACGUUAGUGGAUUUGCUAAUACCUUUCAGUCUGCCUCUAACCUUGUUGUCCACCAGUUACAAGUGGGGGACAGGGUCUGGACAGAAAUUUCUAGUGGUAUUCAUCUGUACUCAUCUUUUCCAGAUACAACCUUUUCUGUCAUCAUGAUCAAUGGAUCAGACUAA